GUCCAUUCGGAGCCGGAUCGGACACUUCGGCAGCAAAAGCGAGUGGGGAGUUUCAUCGGCUUCAUAACCGGAAGCAAGGGGAGCGUAGUACAAUGCCGGUGACUCGGAGUAGAGGCAGACCCGCGGAGCCGAUCGAGGCACAGGAGCGCCCUGAGGAGAGCGCUCCCGCGACCGCGUCACAGUCAGUGGCGGCCCCGAGGCCGUCAGCGCCGGAACCGGUGCGGCAUAUCGAGCCGCCCGGCUCCCCGUCGGAGGCGCCACCACCACCGCCAGCACCGUCGUCGCAACGGCAGCACGACGACGCAGCAAGAGCGUCGUCGACGAAAUCCGACCGUGCGCGAAGGAUCGCGCGCGCCAAACAGAAGAUAGCUAGACUCAAGCUGGAGCUGGAAGAGGCCAGGCUUGCCGUCCUGGAGGAGGACAGCCAGGACGGCGAGUCGGUCGCAUCGGGUGAAUCGCUGGGCCAGGCGCGAGUGGCCGAGUGGCUGAAUACAGUGCCGCCGCCGCCGCCCGCCGCGUCGCUCAGUGCACCGCAACCGUCUACAGGCGUAGCACCGCCGCCCGGCGUGCCACGUGCACCGCCGCCCGGCGUGUCACACGCACCACCGCCGCCACCCGGCGCGCCACACGCGCUGCCGACCGGCGUAUCGAUCGCACAGCCGCACAGCGUACCACAGUUGAAGCAAUCGUCGUCAUCGAAGCCGCCGCCAGCAGCAACGGGGUAUCAUCGGUCCGAGGGACAAUUCGACCUUAACGAGCUGGCGGCCACCAUCGCGCAGGCCGCGCGCCCACAUGGGGCCACGCCGCGAUUCAUCGGAGAACUGAUGCCCUUCGGGGGCUCACAUCUCGACUGGCUCGCCUUCAGAGCGGGCUAUCAAGAAACAGAGAGAUACUUCACAGAAAUCGAGAAUACAGCCCGCCUGCGACGGGCUUUGAAAGGAAAAGCCAAGGAAGCGGUUAGCAGUUCACUCAUAGUAAACACUAACCCGGCGGAAAUAAUCGGCGAACUUGAGACGAGAUUCGGCAGACCGGAGACGCGAUUGCGCUCGCCGAGAUCGAACGUCUUCGCAACGUACAGAAACCUACAGAUGCGCCGCGGGACAUAAUACAGUUCGCGAGUCGAAUAAAAAACAGCGUCGCCACACUCCGCGCACUCCAGCAGCCGCAGUACAUGUAUAACCCGGAAGUGGUCAAGCAAGUGACAGAGAAGCUGACGCCGUCGCUGCGGUACCGGUGGUUCGACUUCAGCCGUGACCAGCCGCCGGAGGAGCCGGACCUCGUGCGAUCUGGUAUGUUGAAGAAGGAUCUGUUAAUUCCCUCUGAUUUAAGAGAAUUCCGGGGCACCAUGGAAGUUCAUCAGGUGAUAUGGACCAAUAAAACUCCCGAAGUCCUCGCCAUGAGACGUCUUAGCUGUCAUUUAGAAAAAUGUUCGGAAGAACCAAUUCAUUGUCAACAUAUCGGUUUUUAUAAUAUCAAAAGUUUAAAUGUGCACAGCACUGGUACAUCUAAAACCGCGAAAUCAAACA